GGCCAAACAACGCUUUUCACAACUGCUGAGGUGUAUUAUGCUUUCUGACUACCACCUUGGAAUUUUCAAGUUUCGAGUUCUUAUUCUAUGAGUUAAAAGAAAUUGGCGCUUUUGGAAAAGUAGAAGCAAACCCAUUGUGAGGAGGCCAUUGGAGAGUGCAGGGCAGGUAGGAAAAUACAGCAGCAGCACCGAGGGGGAGAGAAUUGCAAAACAAGAAGCAUGGCUGAUGGUCAUGGAGAAGGGAAGGUGCAACUGCUGCCCCACUUCAGGAGAAAAGGACAAGACAUUUUGCCAGGUGGUCGUCGUAUAUGGCUGUGGAUCAAUUUGCAUCCUCGUGAGCCGUGGCUCAUAUUCACACCCGAUCGCAAAUCGCUUCUUCAAGUGUGGAACUAUGAAGAUGGGAAACAGGUUGCCUCCUGGGUAGUCCCUGGCGGUGUGGAUGAUGUUCGCGAAGCUGGAUUCAUCCCCCAGAGAGAGAAUUGGAUUGUGGUGAGGCGCUGGACAAUAUAUGAAGUGUAUGAAUGCCAAGGCUCCAACUUGCGGCGCCUAACGCAACUGCAAUUUGAUGACAUCUUCACACAUGGGAUGGCUGUCCAUCAGAGCCUCCCUUGCCUUUUGGCAGGUUUCUGCCACAAGGACUUUUUUCUGUGGUGCUGGAGAGGCAAAUGGGAGAAGAUAAAGUUUGAAGGUCAUGAUAUACAUACAACUGAAUUGGUGUUUCAUCCAACUGAGACACAGAUCUUUGCAAGUGCCUCAUCGGAUAACACCAUCACAGUGUGGAAUUUGGAGAAAAGGUCCAUUAUUCAAACCAUGAGCGAUGAUGGUAAAGCGGGUAUUCGCGGGAUGGGAUUCUGUGGCAGAGGGGAGAAGUCCCUUCUGAUCACAUCCCACUGGGUAGACGAGAAUGUACGGGUGUGGGACUACAAGAAGGGCACUUGCAUAUGGCAAUGGAAAGCACACGACAAAGAAAUCAGGGCGUCCUUCUUCCAUCCGCAUUUGCCGUAUAUAAUGACUGCAGCAGAGGAUGGAGAGAUUAGAGUUUGGAGUGAGUCAAGCUACCAGCAAGUGUCCUCCUUUUCGUGUAAGCGCGAUGACGAUGCUUGGGUGCUCACCAAUAUGAUCCCAAGUAAAAUUUCUAAUAAGCUCAUUCUUGCGGGUCAUGGUGAGUUCCGUGUCAUGGAGGUGGGAACAGGGGAGGAAGACAAGAACAACGAACAGCGAAAGCAAAAGGAGUCUCCUUGUGCAAAAAAAGACGUUCAAGCUUCCUCUUCUUCAUCAAUUAUGGCAGUUGUGGUCAAUGAACCGGCAGUGGUAUCAAGAAAGCCAAUGGAAGAGAUUGAACACAAGGUGUCAGUCACCACCAAGCUGCAUUUUGAAGAGAAAAUUAAGGAAGUGGUAGGAAUGGUUGAGCAGAACUGCAAAAAAGCAGUUGAGGCAGUGAUGGCAGAGCAUCGGACAAAGGAGAGAAUCCAAGCGGAGAGAGUGCAAGAACUGGAGAAAGAGAUGCAAAUAAUGAAAAAGACAUUUGAAAAGUCCAAACUGAGGAUUCAGGAGGCGGAGAGACGAGCAGGGAGAGUGCAACGGAUGGAGGAAGAGAUGCAAACAAUGAGAGGGAUAAUUGAACAGUCCACACUGAGGAUUCAGGAGGUGGAGAGACAAGCGCAAAGGCUACAGCAGCUGGAGAAAGAGAUGCAAACAAUGACAGAGAGAUUUGAAAAGUCCAAACUGAGGAUUCAACAGCUAGAGAGAACACUGGCUGAUGAGAUCAGUGGGCGCAAGGCAGAAGAAGAAUGCAAAGCACGUUUAGCUGAACGGAUCUGCGAGCUAGAAAACAAAUUCGCAGAAGCGGUCGCCAAACGUGAAAGGGCGGAGGCCGCAUCUCUAACACUCGCGUCUGAUGUUUCCACUGCCGACCCUCAUAUGUUAAAGGAGUACUCCUUCAAAGAGCUCCAAGAAGCAACUGAUAAUUUUGACGUGAAGCGGAAGUUUGGAGGCAGGGAACAGUUUGAAAAUACUUACCUAGGGACACUACGAGAUGGUAGUCUUGUUACGGUGAGAAAGGUGAGAGAUGCACAGGCACAGCUUGGGACAGACCUUGUGGACAGGGUGAGAACACUCCGCCAUCCCCAUCUUCUGACCUUGUUAGGAGUCUGCUAUGAAGAGAGCUGCCUGGUUUACGAGCACAUGGAGUGUGGGAGCUUAAAGGACUGGAUCUCACAUCAUGAUGAAGAAAAUGCAGCAAGAGGGUUCCUGCCAUGGUAUGCCCGCUUUCGCGUAAUGGCUGAGGUUGCCCGGGCACUGUGCUUCCUGCACUCGGUUCCAUCUGCAUCGGGUGGUCCCAUCAUACAUGGGGCUAUCAAGCCAGCAAACAUUUUGCUGUCUGACAGCUUUGUGGCAAAGAUCUGCGGUGUGGACGAGGCGAUUCUUGACGCAGACUCUGCUGGAGAGGUUGGUAAGAGGGGGACUCCCUUGCUUGUAUCCACCACAGACAACAACUCCCACUACAUUGCGCCAGAGUAUUUGCAUCAACGAUUUCUUGGUGUCACUGAAAAGAUGGACAUCUAUGCAUUUGGUAUCACCAUCCUGGGGAUGCUGACUGGAAAUCUCUUGAAUUCGUUUGAAAUUAUUGAAGACGCAAUUGAGGAUGACGCAGAUUUCAAGAACGCUCUGGACGCCAAUGCAGGCUGUUGGGAUGUUCACCUGGCUCAGGAAGUCGCAAAGUUGGGGUUGCGAUGUGCUAGUUUCAACAGGCGCAGACGACCAAACAUGAUGGAACCAGAUGUAGGAAUUCUGGCAAUACUUGAGGGAGUUGCAAGGAAGGUUGACCUUGCACAGUCUGCAGAGAACGGAUAGACAAAUUCUGGAGCUGGUCUCUCAGCUACAUGGUAGGGGUGCUCACAGCCCAGGUAGAGAAGGUCCGCCUUAAGUGAAUCAGCGGAAGUCAAACUGUGAACUUGAUGUUGCUGAUGUCGUAUGUUACCUUCAUUGAUGAGAGGUGGCCAUCGAACAAGCAACAAAAUGAAGCGUCUGUC